AUGCACUAAUCAUAAUAAUUAUACAAACCUUUAGAUGAUGAUCUAAUUAAAGAAUAUAUGAGUAAUGGUUUUAAUGAAUAAGAGAUCAGGAAUGCAUGGGAGGUUUCAUCUGGAAAUAUGGUUUAAUUUCAAUAAAUGUUAUGGGGAAUGAAAAAUCAAUCGUUUAUAAUUAGUCCAAUCAAUCAAUAAUUUAAUGAUGAUAUUCAAGUAGCUAUGGCAGCGUCCUUAUCGUUACAUUAACAAAAUAUUCCAGUUGGUAAAGUUAGAAAAGAGAAUGUCCCAUGUGGAUUGUUAAAUGUAGGGAACACAUGUUAUUUUAAUUCUCUUCUUCAGACUUAUUAUUCUAUUUACGAUUUUGUGCUACCCAUUGUCUAAUGUGAAUUUGAUCACAUCAAUCUUUAAAAUAUUGUUGAUAGAAGAGUAGCAAAUUCUGUCUUACUUCUAAAGAACUUAUAAAAUCUUUUCGUGCUUAUGAUUGGAAGUGAUAGGCAAUUUGUUGAUCCAAAACAAGUCAUACAUUCAAUCUAUGAUGAUUUUGGUAAAGCCUUACCGAUUGGAGACUAAAAGGAUGUUGGUGAAUUUAAUAACUAUUUUCUAUCAAGGAUUGAUGAGGGACUCACUUACCUAUAAGAAUCCUUAUAAAAAAGGUAAUAACCCAAUUAAUAAUAUUAAACUGUAUAAUCACAAGUUUACCCUCAAACAGUUUGUUAACACGAAUAGAAUUAAAGUUGCAUUUCAUAAAAGUCAUUAUUAUUAAGAUAAUCGCCAGUUGUAGCAGAAAAUUCUGUUUUACAUAAGUUGUUUUAUGGCAAAUUUACACCCUAACUAACUGUUCAAGGUAUGGGAAGCAAAGAUAGCUAACAAGAAAUAUUUAAUUUUAUUCAAAUCGAUGUGAGUAAUAAGUUCUUAAUGGAGGGACUAGAAAAAUAAUUGAAUCAAGUCUUAGAAUAUAAAAAUGAGAAGGGUUUAUAUUAAUAAGCUAUCAAUUCGUUUUGGAUCUCAUAAGCUCCUCAAGUUCUUUCAUUUUAGUUACAAAGGGUGGAAUUUCACAAAGAAUUCUGUAAUUUAUUUAUAUAUAAUUAGUAUCCUUUGCUAAAAUCAACUCCCCUUUUUAAUUUGAUAAAGAAAUUUAUAUUGAUCGUUUCCUAUUGUCUAAUCAAAAAAUUGCUAAAGAAAUUCAAACUUAGAAUUAAUAAAUGAGUGAUCGGUUGAAAAAAAUUGACUAAGAAUUGGAAUUGUUAAAUUCGUUUAAUGGAAACAUUUAAAUUAUUUAAAACCUUGAAACCACUUUAUAGUUCUUAAAAUUAUAAACUCCGAAUGAAAAAUCAAAUCCCUACUAUGUGAACAGCAAAGAUAACAAGGCAGCAAUUGAAUCCAUCUCUCAAUAUCACGAGUAUUUUAAAGAAAAAAGAGAUUCCUUAUUAAAAGAAAAAAAUGAAUUGGUAUAAAAAAUUUCCUAAAGCUAUAAUAACUUAAAAAAGUAGAAAUAUAUUCUAUAAUCUAUUUUAAUGCAUGAAGGGAGUCCUGAUGCUGGCCAUUAUUUUGCAUACAUCUAUAACUUUGAUGAUAAAAAAUGGUAUUUAUUUAAUGACAUACAUGUUCAGGAAGAAACAGAAUAAAAUGUAUUUAAAUAUGCUUUUGGAGAUUAGUAAAACUCUAAAAGUGCCUACUUAAUAUAAUAUGUCAAGGAUGAAAAAACCAAAUAAAAUCAGAAUUAAAAUUAACAUGUUAAGUAAAGGCUAUAUAGUACCAGUCAAAAUAUCAGUACUUAUUUACAAGACGGAUAUGGAAAAUUAUUAUCAGAAAAAUAGAAAGAUAUAUUAUAGAAAGAUAAUCUUAAGUUAAAAUAAGAAGUUAUUCAACAAUAAUUAAGAGGCUAAAUAGAUACAAUUGUAUCAAUAUAUCUUGACUACUUUAAAAUUGCUAAUGAAAAAUAAAAACUAUUUUAGCUCAAAUAAUAUUAGCAAAUUACACAUAAACCACCAUAUAUUGAAAAUUUUGCUAUGUUUUUGAAAAUGAAACCAGAUGAAAAGAUGUUCAAAUGGGUAAUAUUAGAUUAUGCAAUUAAAAAAAUGAUAUCUUAAACUAAUGGAAUAUUUGGAUCGGCUGAUCUUGAUUAGACUUUAAAAACAUAAAUCUUAGAGGAGUUAAGCAAAUUUGGAUAAAAUAAGCCAAUAUAGCCAAUUCCUUAAAAUUAAGAGUACUAAGCAUCAUUAGAAGACUAUAAACUUACUCUUAAGUUAUAAGGUAUAAUCGCUUACAUUCUAGAGCAAUACAACAAUAAUAGUUUAAAAGAAACUAUAAUUGCUUUACAAGUUUACAUGAAAUUAGCUAAGUCUACCAAUUAAUAAUCCUUUUUUUAUAAUAUGGCAUUAUAAUUGAAAAAUUUAAUUUUAUUGGGAAUUAUUUGCAAAAUUUAUUAUCAAAAAAAUAUAACUGAUUCAGAAAUAUUAGUUCUUAAGCUAUUAAUAGCAUUUUAGAUGUAGGAACACUUUCUUUACAAAGAUCCGGAAUAAUGGAAGAAGUAAUUCUUGAAUUUAAUUGGUGUUGCUCUUUCUACUUAUGGCCAAAAUGAAAAACUAACUUAGGAAGUAGUCAAACCUCUGGUUCAAAAUAAGAAAGACGUUGAAAUGUGUACUUUAUUGGACACGCCAUCUUAGGUAAAAAUUAAUUUAUUCUAGAGUAUUGAAUAAUACAUUUAAUCCAUUUAGUCUAUAUAUUUAAAGAAAUAAUUUGAAGGCGAGUUUGAAGACUUCCUCUUAGAUAAUUUAAUGGUUUCUUUGUCAGCCUUUUACCAAAUCAAAGUAAACUUAUACAUUUAUCUGUUAGUGUAUUUAACUUCUAUUGGAGAAAAUCAUUAAAUCUAGUUCAAUUUUAGAUAAAAAAGAUAUUUUUAAGAUAAUUGAAGAAAACCCUCAAAAUAAAUGA